AUGAAUCUAUCGAGACUCGGCUGUUCAUUAACGGCGAGUGGUAUAUCCAUACACCAAAGAGGUCGUUGCGCAAGGUGUGUCCCCAUAUCCACAAAACACCAAGCUGCCGUUAACACCUACUCUGUUAUUGAAGUCCAAGAAGCCGACACACAGGAUGUAGAGGAUGCUGUUACUGCUGCCAGCAGAGCUUUCCCCUCCUGGCGAGACCUGGGCACCGACAAGCGCGGCAUAUACCUGCGCAAACUAUCCCAGCUCAUCUUGGAAUCAAACAACGAGCUAGCGCACCUCGAGACACUCUGUACCGGCCGACCGAUCUCGCAGUUUAUUGACGGGAGUCUAGCAGCCGAGUCCUUUGCGUACUUCGCUGGUGGCGGUUGGACCGCGCAAGGGACGGCCAGUCUCAACACUCCGGACCACCUAAACCUGACCGUCAAGCAGCCAUAUGGCGUGGUAGCACUUAUCAUUCCGUGGAACUUUCCACUUGUAAUGUUCGCUGGGAAGCUGGCGCCGGCGUUGGCAGCAGGAAAUACAGUUGUGUUGAAGAGCAGUGAGAAGGCGCCGUUGACGUCUCUCUAUGUAGCCAAGCUGAUUGAGAAAGUGGGCUUUCCACCCGGAGUCGUCAACAUCAUCUCUGGCUUCGGCAACCCUACCGGGGCGGCCCUGGCAUCGCACAUGGCCAUCCGCUGUAUCAGCUUCACUGGCUCCACGGCAACGGGCCAGAAGAUACAGGCGGCCGCCGCAAACUCCAACAUGAAACACGUGCACAUGGAGCUGGGCGGGAAAUCACCGGCGAUUAUCUUCGAAGACGCGGAUCUGGAGACAGCUGUUGCGCAGACACAGUUCGGCAUUCAGUUUAAUAGUGGACAAGUGUGCGCGGCGAACUCACGGAUCUAUGUGCACGAGUCAGUGGCCGAAGAAUUCAUUAAAUUAUUCCGUGCAAAGUUUGCUGCUGUCCGGAUGGGUGAUCCACUCGACCCUGCUACCUCACAUGGUCCGCAGGUUGACCUGCUGCAGUAUAACCGGAUCAAGGAAUACCUUGCUAUCGGGGAAAAGGACGGGACGCUCAGUCUGGGUGGUGAUGCCAAUGACGGUUUCUUUGUGCGGCCGACUGUCUUUGAGGGCGUUUCUGAGGACUCGCGGCUGAUGCGAGAGGAGGUCUUCGGUCCGGUUGUUGCGAUCAAUACCUUUUCCACCGAGACUGAAGCGAUCGAGAAGGCGAAUAACUCAGACUUUGGGCUGUACGCUGCUGUCUUUACCAAGGAUCUUGACUGCGCCGUUCGCUUGGCUAAGGCUUUGAAUGCGGGCACUGUUGGGGUUAACUGCACUAGCCCGACUAAUGCCAAGGAUACUGCGUUCGGUGGGUUCAAGAUGAGUGGGAAUGGCCGGGAGGGGUUUUUGUAUAGUCUUGACAGUUUUCUUGAGACUAAGAGUAUCCUGAUCAAGACAGCACGUCUGUGA